AUGACGGUGCGCACGUCCGACACGCUCCUGCAGAAAAUCGGCGCGAGUUUUGCGGUGCACUACUACACCACACUGGUGGAAGCCCCAGCGACGUUGACGGCCCUCUACACCCCCUCGGCGCAUGUUGUGCACCGCUUCGAAAAGGCGAACGGCGCCGCCGAGCUAUCCUCGCUGCUCACGUCUCUCACGGCUGAGGGCCUGACGGGAGUGAGGCUCGAGGACGUCAUGGCCGUGCCGACCACCUCCGGCGCAAUCAAGGUCACCGUGAAGGGCCAGUUCGUCAGCGCCGACAACACGCAGUCUUUCACCCAGGAGGUGGAGCUGAGUGAGCUGGAGAAGAACACGUACGGCAUCACAAGCGAUAAGCUGAGCUACUCGGCUGUUGGGCGGACGGCGUGGGCGGCCGAGACGCCGGCUGCCGCCCCUGCGGACCCUGUCAAAAGCGCGGAUGUUCAUGAGACGGCAGCCGCCGCGCCUGCCGGUGACGCCACCGCGAACCAACCGGCUUGCCAGGCUGCUGAGCAGGCCCCGGCGGCCAACAAGAAGCCGGCAAGCUUUGCAGAGGCGCUGCGCCUCAACAAGGCGAGCGAGGGUGCCCCUUUUUCCAACACAGCGGUGCGUGUGACGGACAAGGCUAGGGGCACGGGGGAGAAGGACACCGGUAAGGGUGCGAAGAAGGGCAAGGCCGCCUCGCCCUCAGCGGCGUCUGCCAAGCCAAAGCCGACCAAGAAGGCACACAGCACGUCCGACUCGGUGAUCUACUACGACAUCAUCCUGAAGGAGCUGCCGUCGUCCACGACGGAGGAGAAAGUGCGCGCUGUAGUGUCACCGGUAGCCGCUGUGAAACUUGUGAACAUUGUCAAGAGCGAGAAGCGUCGCCGCAGCAAGGAGGCCGCGUCGGAGACGAUCACGUUUGCCUUUGUGCAGCUGGAGCGCCCCGCUGACGCUGCUGCCAACCACGUGAAGAGCGUCGUGGCGAAGCUGACAGAGAUGAACAAGGAGAUGCGCAUCGAGGAGGUGCGUGAGAAGCCGGCCUCUGCUGGGGCUCGAAAGACGCGGGAGGGCGCUGCGGCGUCGCGGAAGAAGGAGGUGAAGGCAUGA